UGCGUCAAAGGUAUCCAGUGUUCUACAGCUGUUCCACAGCAGACACAAACACGUACAACAGAGAAAAGACCAUCCCUUUCUGCUUCAUUGUAGAAAAAUUGAAAUAUUAAAUUAUUAAUUCUCUAUUCUACGUUACUACUAAUUAACUCACGAUGAGUUGCCAGAUGAGAAGAAUCCCUCAGAUGUUUGCUCGGCGUUUCGGCACAAGCGGCGUGAGUCGAUCGGUGAAGGCGGAAGAUACGGCCAUCUUCAAGAAGCUGAAGAAGCAACAGGAGUCCUUCAACACAGGCCUGGGACCCGAGGAGGUCUUCCUACAGGGUGGUCUCAAAGACGUGGUGCUCUACAGGACCUCUGUUUUCCUCACCGUUGUCUCCACGCUGUAUUCCGGAAAGGUCAUCUACGAUUUGGCACAGAAGUGAACAGACUCAACCGAGCUUCACUCAAUACUAGAUCUCUCUGUAUUCGCUGUCACCAUAGUUAAAAAUUCCGGUUCUAUAGACGUCGUCACCUAAAAUGUUGUUUGUUAUCGAGGAAUAAAACAGUAUUUAAAAAAGGGGUUUGUAGGUUCUUAUUGAAAAGCUGAUUACUUUAGCCAGCCGUUUCUAUAGACUUUACCUAAAAUGUUGCUGGUUAUCGAGAAUUAAAACAGUAUUUAAAAAAG